AUGGGUGUGGCCGUGUUAACCGCCGUCAUUCUGGGUAUUGAUAUCAUUAAAUUUGGCGUUUCGUCAAUCAGAUAGAACGUUUUAGCGCUGCAAUGGGCUGGAGCAACUGCAGAGACCAACCUGAUCGCCAUGGGGAACCUGGCGAUUAUCAUCAAGGGCGAGAACUACUUCUCCACGGAUAUUGACCCCGAAAGACCGCCCACUAACGAUCUUUGGUACGGUCGGGGAUUUUUUCUUCCACAUUUUUAUGGGAAAAAGACUCAACAGAGACGUAAAUGUUUUUUCCAAGUCGAGUUUUUCUGCGAACCUUCCAUCAGUUCAAAGUAUAUGAUUCUGAAAAAUGAUGGAGAAUUCCAAGAAUCGUGUCGUGAUAAGCUUCGCACGAAAAGGGAGACUUUCAAAGCUAUCUCUGUACACGAAAUGAUGUUGAUCCAGAAAUAAAUCCGUGAGAUUUGAAUAUUUCAGCCUCUUUUCUGCUUCUUAACUGCUUGUUUUUGGUAUUGAAUAAUUCUUGCAGGUGCCAGGCGACCAGCAAAUUCGAUGGAAAGCUUGUGAGGACCGUUUGGGGAAGAUUUCUUCGGCCGACCGACAACAAAAUAUUUAUGGUCCGUGGCUUUUUUUUCGCACAACUGCGGUUUCCAGCUGUGUGUACUCUGAAAAAUGUUGAGGGUUGUGUUUUCUACUCUCCAUGCAAUUUCGAUUUGGAAUGAUCCAUUCGAAAAGAUUAUUGAAAUACCAUCAGAAAAAAUGGCUAAUUGAAAAAAAAGGCUGCGCGGGCUUGGGCCAGGACAGCCUUCGAAAAAAUUUUUAGAUUUCAUUAAAAAAAAUUUUACCGAUAAAUAUUUUUUACUUGUUAAAUCAUAGUUUCUGUUGACCUCUAAGUAAAAAAAUAAGCAAAAAUGAUUUCUGUCGUGAAAAAAAAAAUUGAUAAUCGACUUGAAGAAAAUUUAAUCUUUCUGGCCGGCCAUUUUUGCUCGAGGCCUCUCUAUGGCCGCGCCGGGCUUAGAAAUUGACCGGGGGCCGAUCGGCUGACGGGCCGUCCCUUGCAAAAGCCUGGUUUAAAUACAGCGAAAAAAAAUGAUUUUCUUCAUUUUAAAGGUAUCACCAAAAGAGCUGCAUCUGGAGAAAUUCAGGCUGACAUCGACGUGGAGAUGAACCGCGCUCGUCUGCACUUUGGCAAAUCUUCUGCCGAACACGCGGGAAAAUAUCGUUGUGAAAUCCGCGCCGCCGACGGAAAUCACACCUUCGGCAACCUCUUCGCUUACUGUAAAUCUCUAAAAUGCGGACGUUCCAGUUGAGAAGAUUUUCAGCUCGUCCAAUCGUCAAGAACAACGACUCGUACCCUUUGAAAAUGGGCGAUGCGGAGACCGAUCUUGUUCUCGUGAGUUUCCGACCGGAAAAAUGAAUGGUGUACUUGCAUUCCAUUUGUACUUUGAUGGCUUCCAUUGUUCACCUUUUUUUCUUUUUUUGGUUAUUAAUUCCAAAAAGACGCAUUUUCUGAAGUUUUGGAUAUGGCGCAUCAAAAUCUUUUCUUCCCCUUUCAGAAUCUAUGAAAAAGGGCAAUAGCGGCAGUCCAAUGGCUGGAAACUGGGAAUUUCGACCUUGGUCUUGAAACUGAUUAAGACAUAUUAUUGUACGGCCGCCUUUAGAAAAAGGAGCAGGGAAAAAUAGACUUGGCAGCGAUAGAUCUCAAUAAAUCGUUGCCUAGUUCUUACAGUCUCAAAUUCAAAAUUUCGUUUUUAUGAAAAUGCCUGGAAAAGUAUGUUAUCUGUAAAGUCCAAUUAGUUCCAAAAUUCAGAGUCUUUGCCUUUGAAUGCUUCUUUUUUUCCAUAUAAUGUCUUGCUUCGACCGUCUGAAACUGUUUUCAGAACAAAAAGUCAACUUUUUGUCAAUUUGCGUCCAAGUUCUGAAAACCACGAACCCUGGUCCAAAUCUUCAGUAAUUGGCAAACUUUUCAGGGCGAGCCCAUUUCGGCGACUUACAAACAGACGGUGUUCAUCCCGUGUCCUGUAAUAGGCUAUCCGGAGCCAAACAUCGUCUGGUUCAAGGACAAGUUCCCCGUUGGUCCGUCUCCUUCCUUUUUCUUCCCUGAGUGAAACUACUCCCUUCUCAGAAGCUGAUGAACGGCACAUCAUCCACCGCGACUCGCUGCAGAUCGAAGACGUUUCCGACGAGGACAAGGGCCUCUACAGGUCCGAGUUUGUAAUUUUCAGGAAAAAAAAAGUCCCAGGACAGCUCUCAUUGCUUUCAGAAGAAAAAAAAACGACUAACACAGUUUUUUUUUUCAAUUUCAAAUGUACUUUUAAAAUUUUUAGAAAAUUAGGAAUAAUUGAAGAAAAAAGUGAAGUUUCAAAGGAAGAGAGUAUAUAACUAUAAAGGAAUGAAGAACUCAAAUACAGGUUGUUUAUAAACAUUUGGGAAAUACUGAGAAAAAAUACAAAGCUUUUUUUCUGAAUUUUAAAAGAAAGUUCUGAAAUAGGUAAUCGAAAUGUGACAUUUUUAAAAAGAAAUAAGAUUUUUUUCUUCUCUUAUGGAAUUUAACGACUAACGCUGUUAUUCAAAAUUUAUUCUUUUACAUGGAUCCACAGAAAAAUGAUCUUAUAAUUUCGUAUUUCAGAUGCGUUGCGACGAACAGUUUCCCUGUUACAUCGGACAACUUCGAGCAGAACUUUGAGCUGAAACUCGACCAGGAGCUUCAAGUUGGGGGUGAGGUUUUCUUAUUUUGAAAAGCGAUGCGUUUUUUUCUUGAAAAAUAUAUCGACUCAAACUUUUAGGAAAUCUUUGAGUUCGAAGAAGUAGUGAGCCUGGGCCAUUCCUAAUAAACCUCAAAAAGUUCGUAUUCUCAGGUAAUUACGGCUGGCUCCUCCCCCUGGCGAUCAUUGUGAUCAUCCUCCUGAUUUUGUUCCUGGUCAUUUACACCUGCCAAAGGUGCACCAAGUACAAGGCUGAUCAUUACAACGUCGCCGAACGAGAGUCAGUUGAUUGCAUUUUCCCUUGAUUCAAAGGCAUUUCAUCACAAAAAUUGGUCGUUUCAGGAGAACGUUGCACAGCGACGGACAGCUUCUCAAGAACAACGUCUAG